ACAGCAGCUGGGAGACAGGAGCGGAGGCCCAGCGGCUGGUGCGGAGACCGAGCGCGGGAACGAUGGCGGCCAUGGCGGCCGCGGGGCCCGCGUGUCGCAGCUGGCGCUUGUGUCUCGAGGUGCCAUCCGCCACCUUCUUCACUGCGCUGCUCUCGCUGCUGGUGUCCGGGCCUCGCCUGUUCCUGCUGCAGCCGUCCCUGGCGCCCUCGGGCCUCUCGCUGAAGUCCGAGGCUCUGCGCAACUGGCAAGUUUACAGGCUGGUGACCUACAUCUUUGUCUAUGAGAAUCCUGUCUCCCUGCUGUGCGGCGCUAUCAUCAUCUGGCGCUUUGCUGGCAAUUUUGAGAGAACCGUGGGCACCGUUCGUCACUGCUUCUUCACCUUGGUCUUCGCCGUCUUCUCUGCUAUCAUCUUCCUGUCAUUUGAGGCUGUGUCAUCGCUGUCAAAGCUGGGGGAGGUGGAGGAUGCCAGAGGUUUCACCCCAGUGGCUUUUGCCAUGUUGGGAGUCACCACUGUCCGCUCUCGGAUGAGGCGAGCUCUGGUGUUUGGGAUGGUUGUGCCCUCGGUACUGGUGCCGUGGCUCCUGCUGGGUGCCUCUUGGCUCAUUCCCCAGACUUCCUUCCUCAGUAAUGUCUGUGGACUUUCGAUUGGGCUAGCAUAUGGCCUCACGUACUGCUAUUCCAUCGACCUCUCAGAGCAAGUAGCACUGAAGCUCGAUCAGAAGUUCCCCUUCAGCCUGAUGAAGAGGAUAUCCGUGUUCAAGUAUGUCUCAGGGUCUUCGGCUGAAAGAAGGGCAGCCCAGAGUCGGAAGCUGAACCCUGUGCCAGGCUCCUACCCUACUCAGAGCUGCCACCCUCACCUGUCCCCAAGCCAUCCUGCCACCCAGAUGCAGCAUGCCAGUGGUCAGAAACUAGCCUCCUGGCCAGCCUCUGCUCCAGGGCACAUGCCCAGCCUGCCUCCAUACCAGCCUGCAUCUGGCCUGUGUUAUGUGCAGAAUCAUUUUGGUUCAAACCCCAGCUCCUCCAGUGUUUACCCAGCUUCUGUGGGUGCCCCUUUGGGGGCCCAGCCUCCUACCCCUGCCAGCAGCCCUGGUAUGGUAUAUUCUGGAGCUCUGGGCACUCCAGGGUCUACAGGCAACAAGGAGUCCUCAAGGGUCCCAGUUCCCUGAGAUGUUAUCUCACAUCUCAGCCUUCUGAAGAAGGUCUUCUCUGAUUUUCCUGACAAAAAGUUAUUUAUUGAACACCUCUAUAUGCCAGGCUUUGUGUUGAGAACUUUGAUAAAUGUCUCUAUUUUGGUCUCAUUUAUGCUCUAACAGCUUUGUGAAGUCCAAUUUAUUGUCCCCAGUUCACAGAUGCAGAAAGUGAGGCAUUCAGUGAUUCUGGAAAGUCCCAUGGUUCUGCCGUGGCACAGCAGGGCUCCAAGCUCAGGAUCUAGGGCUCCUCCCAAGGGACACAUGGAAAAAGAGAGCUACCGAUGUCAGUGCUGCUGCCAGUCCUUCCCGCCCCACCAGUCCUUCCUCGCUGUGUGCAGUGUUCUUGGUUGUAGUGCCCGUGUGUCUGUGCCUCUGCCCUUCAGAACACCUCACAGGUGUACUUGGCAGUCCCCACGCCUGUGCAGCCUGUCUCCCCUACAGCCACUCCCACUGAGUCUUCUGCCUCAGGGGUGGUGAGGUGGACCAGCAGGGACUGCAGCCGCAUGUUGACUGACCAGUGAUUACCUUUGUAUAAAGAAACAGCCUUCAACCUGC